AAAUUUUGAAAUAUAAAGCUGAACUCUCAUUUAUACCUAAAGAUUGUCGAACACUUCUUCAUUCUAACUCUACAAAAGUAUUAAAUUUAAGAGAAGUACACCCAAAUGGUACAUAUUAUCAUUUUGGCUUACGUAAUGGAAUACUAAGGUUUUCAUCAAUUUUACCUUUGCAAGAGUCUAUUCAAAUUGCAGUUGGGAUUGACGGGCUACCAAUAUCGAAAAGUAGCUCUAGUCAAUUUUGGCCAAUUUUGGCUUAUAUUAUGCCCUAUCACAAAUAUGUUUUUCCUGUUGGAAUAUUUCAUGGCCAUAAAAAACCAUCCGAUAGCAAUAACUAUCUUUCUGAUUUUAUUGCUGAAGUGUUAGAAUUAAAUAGGAGUGGAUUAAUGGUGAACAAUCAGCUUAGAAAAAUUGAAAUUAAAAUUAUUUGUUGCGAUUCCCCUGCUAAGGCCUAUAUAUUAAGAGUAAAAACACAUUCAGGUUACUUUUCUUGCACUAAAUGUUUACAUGAAGGUGAAUAUUGCAUAAAUCAUGUUUGUUUUCCUUACAACGAAAAUGGCAAUGAAAAAAGAAACCAUGAAGAUUAUGUUAUGAUGAAAAAUGAGCAGUAUCAUGUUUCACCCACAAUAUCAUGUCUUGCAUUGAUUCCAAACAUUAACAUUGUUGAUUUGUUUCCGUUGGAUUAUAUGCACUUG